UCUCUCGUCCCCCAUAGCCGCUACUGCUCAAUCCAUAGUGGCAAGAGUGCAUCUCCAAACACUUCAAAUGCCCCCUUUCAAUUCACAGUCCCUCUUUCAUCCGUUCACUUUUCGCUACCUCCGGUCGCCGGCCGUGUCCUUGUCUAUCCCGCCAUCCACUAAUGGCCAUACAAUUUUAGUGUUGAAACCACAUUUACACUAUUAGUGCUCUUGUGUUUGUAGCCCAUUUAAUCUCACGCGAUCAGGCAGCCCAUUUGAUGUACAAAAGAGCUAGCUUCAAAUCCUUUCUUUGUACAAGAAUCAACCUUAAUUGUUUUGUUUUGUUUUUCCAAUCUAAGGGUCAUUUACGACACAAAACAGGCUAUUCGCUAAUUCCCAUUUAAUCAGGGAUUAAACUUUUUUUGAAUAACUUUUUGGCGCUUCAAAAUUUUGUUCAGCGCUCUUUUCAUUUUUUUGAAACUUUGAAAAAUUAUUUGAAAAAUUAAAUAUAUAUUUUGUCGAGAAGCGCUUCAGUGUGAUGCAAUUAUACGCCUCAAAAAACAAAUUGUUCGUCAGUUCGAUCAGAUUGCUGAUGUUAAGUGAAGCUACUUCAUCUAAACUUGUAAAUUGUAGCAAGCUGCCGUUGAAAACUAACACGUUGCUUUUAUUGUCAGCUAAUUUUGCUGUCAUGUUCUGCUGUUGAUUCGACUGAGCACUUGUCUUACCAACUGUGAUUAACAACUGUUAAGUUUCUCAGCUCUCUCAAAUGGCAUCUGAUCUAGCAGCUAGAGCCAAACGGGCUUUAAAUUACCGAGACUUUAAACAGACCCUUCUUUUGAUGUAUGUUUGCAUGGCUACAAAACCAUCAGUCGGCUGUAUGGUGGAGUCUUUUCAAGAUGCUACGGGUAAUGGGGGCAUGUUGCAGAUUGGUAUGGGGGACAAUGGCCUACAACAUGCCCGAAGCGACGAGGGUGAACCGCAACCACGCUCCGUCUGUCAGUGGUCAACAACUGUACGAGUGCCAGCUAACAAGGCCAUAUUUAUAUCAGCUGACAACUUCAACAUACCGAAAACUACAACGGAUGAGAAUUGUGAUGUGGGGUGGUUGGACAUUCUGGAUGGGAGUGUGACUCCAGCUGUGUUGCACUACAGGGCGUGUGGGUCCACCUUCCACCCCAUAUACAGACAGUGGUCUGCAGUCGUCAUAAGGUUUGUGCAAUCAGGGGCUGCUAAUCAGAAAGAAGGUAGCACUGUCCCCUCUUCCCGACUGCAGCUUCAGUGGCGAAUCGUUAAUUGGCCACCUGCCUCCAGACUCUCAGCCGAGCCAUCAGGGGGAUGCGGAGUUAGUGAGUUCAGUUGUCGCCUGUCUCGCAGGUGUAUCCCUCUGUCUGACACCUGCAACAGUGUUCCCGACUGCUCUGCUCCCGGCGCCAUGCACGACUUCUCAGACGAGACCGAGAUGUGCAUGGAGACAGCAUACUUGCAGUCUGAAUACUCCCCAAAAAGUGAGAGCAGUGGCCGCUCAUCUGAAAUAUGGGAUAUGCUCGCUACCAGGGAGAUAUACAUUCCCUUGAUAGUCAUCUCUGCCAUGUGUUUGGCUGCAAGUGUGGCUGCUUUGAUGUUCUGGCGUUCGGCUAUUUUUGGGCACUCCGGAUUCAGAUCGCAAUAUGCGAGACUAAGCUCAAUUUCAUCAGCUUUACGUCAAAACCUCAAAAACAAAAGCGUGUUUGCAGAACAGAAAUCCUCGGAUAUCCAUUUCUUGUCUCAGAUUAGUGGUCAGAGACCGCCAAGUACCAAAACAACUACUGCAAGCAAGGUUUUGCCUCGGAAAGAUCAAACAAGUGGACGCCCGUUUCAAACUUCGUCGGUGAAAACGCAAAUUGUGAAUCAGAAUUUUACUGCAGUGGAAAUGGACGACGUUUUAUCUGACGACACUGACUUCGAGAGUUGUCAAAAUUAUCUCACUGGGCUGAAUCCUGCGCCAUCUACAUCACAGAGCUCCCCCAUGAUGCCCGCUAAACGCCAUGACUAUGGGUGGAUCCAAUCGGAAAAGAUGCUGCAAUUUCAGCUGCAGUCUAACAAUAUGACCAUCAGCUGAACUAGUGAGAACGAGAACCAAUCAAACAACAAUCUAUAAAUAAACUCAAAUAGGAGGCCACAUAAUUCUUAUCACGAGUUCUGGUCGCAGUUACCUUCAACUUUGUCAACUUUUAGCGCAGUUUCAUAACUCAGCUUUACAAAAAAAUUAAGACCACCCAGAGGUGGU